AUGGUUUCGUCGUCCUCUCGGCGUCGGGAGGAAGCAUACGUCGAGAUGGUCAAUGAGGAGGACAAUAACCAGCAGGGGUCACCAGAAGAUCCCCGUGUCGACACGGUCCUGGUCGGCCUCUCGGGCCCGUCGUCGAGCGGCAAGACGACGCUGGCGAGACUGUUGCGCGAGAUCUUCAACCUCGAUCACGCCGCCGAGGAGGGCUGGAAGAUCAGUCUGUUCAUCCUGCACCAGGACGACUUUUACAAAACGGAUCAGGACAUUCCGACGGUCACCAUAUCAUCCAAGGAAUUCGGCACCCGCGAGCUGCAGGACUGGGACUGCAUCGACUCCCUGGACCUGCCGUUGUUCGAACACACCCUCACCCACCUCCGCAACCACGGCCAUCUCCCGCCCGAAAGCGUGUCGAAGGAGGACCAGAACAGCGUAGGCCACAGCGGCGUUUCUCCCGCCGAGGUCGACGAACACAGAGAGAAGGUCCGGGCGCGGAUAGACGAGCUGGUUCGGAAACGAGACAGCAAAGGGACGGAAUCCGGCACAGGCAAAGAAAUUCGCAUCUACAUCGUCGAGGGAUUCCUCCUCUACCCGCAGCCGUCAUCUUCUUCGACCAGUGCUUCUUCAACCUCGUCCGACUAUCCUCACUCCGCGGCGGGGUUGCACCACCUCCACCACCUCACCCACACGCUGCUCCAUCCGCUGCUGUUCCUCCCCUCGACACGCACCCAGACGCUCACCCGCCGCGCGGCGCGCUCCGGCUACGUCACGCUGGAAGGUUUCUGGGUCGAUCCGCCCGGCUACGUCGAGGACCUCGUCUGGCCCAACUACAUGCGCUACCACGGGUGGAUGUACAAGGAUGGCAAUGUGGACGGGGAUGUUUUCGACGAGGACAGCUGCGAGCGGGAAGGCGUACAGGUCUGUCCGGGCGCGGGCGGAUGGAACAUGAAGCAGGUGUUGGACUGGGGUGUCCAGAGAGUGGAAGACGUCAUCAAGGAGCGGUUGCAGGUGUAA